AUGGCUGCAUCAGGUUUGCCUUCAUUCACAGGGGAUGCGGGUCUGUGGCUUGCCCAGGUGGAGUCGCAUUUUGCCAAACAUGCCGUUCAUCCACAGCAGCAGUUGCAUCUGCUAUACUCGAGUUUGCCUUCCCGACUCACCACAUCGGUCAGGGAUCUCAUAAUCAGUCCCCACCCUGACGCCACAUACGCGUCAGUAAAAGCCGAAAACCUCCGCCUCAACAGGCAGUCGGAGGAGAGUCAAUUCAAUGAGCUGAUGGCCGACGAACAGUUGGGGGACAGGACUCCAUCCCAGUUCCUGUGCCACCUAAGGGAGCUAAGCGGAAAUGCAGCAGACGCUCCACUCUUAUGGAAGAUAUUCUUCUCCAGGUUGCCUGCCCACAUGCAGACAAUGUUGGCCACGGCACUGGAGUCUGUGUCAGUAGACCAGAUUGCCACGAUGGCCGACAAAAUAUUAGAAUUUUCGGGACCAUCUCCAUCGCGAGGCCUGUAUGCAUGUACAGAGCCCCCUCCGACACCUUCUCCGACGAAAAAUUCAUUAGCUGAGAAAAUCGAUGCGCUUACGCAGCGAAUCGAUGAUCUGUGCCGUGCGAUUGGGCACCGACCUCGCAGUCGUAGUCGCAGUGGCUCUGUUUCCCGUAGUCGGUGUGACUCUGCUUCUCGUUCCAGCUGGUGCUGGUACCAUUCAAAGUAUGCCGAAAAGGCAGAACGGUGUACCCAGCCUGGCACUUUCCAGCCCUCGGGAAACUAA